AUGACUCCCGAUCCACAGCCCGAAAUCGAAUCUACAACAGAAGCCCGCCGCAUCUCCGAGCUAGCUGGAAGAGAUCCAAAAAAUGAAAGAACUAUGAGUAUCUAUAUCACAGUGCGCUCGCACGUCUUCGAAAUCCCCAGAGACAUCGCCAUCCACGCCUCCAAGCUGUUUGCCAAAGCAUGGAGCGCGAAUCCUCGCGCGCGAAGCAUCACAUUCAAAGUCCAGGAUAAAGAUGGCGAGGAUACUGACAUCGAUCCGGAACACUUUUACACCGUCGAUGCGAUCGCCCAUCUGGUGGGGUAUAUGUAUGGAAAUGAACUUGGGUGUCCGACUUCUGAUAUCGAGCGACAUUCGGGGUGUUUGUUGGCGUGGUGUAAGGUGUAUAAAUAUGCUGCGUAUUUUGAGAUGGAGGCGGCGUGUGAGAGGGCGUCGGCGAGGAUGGAGAAAUGUUUGGGGGAGAGAACGUUCUGUCGGGGAAUUCCGACGAGGGAGGAGGUGCUGGAGAUUUAUGGGAUGACGAGGGAGGGUUCAGGGGUUAGAGAGGCGUUGGUUGAUAGGAUGGCGAAGAUGGGGAGAUUGUGGGAUGUGCUGGGGGAGGAUCAUGUAGGGGCUAUUAAAUCUUGUGUGGAGAAUUGGUUAAGGAGCUCGAGUGCGUCGAGGGAGUUUCAAGAGGCUGUUUGGAUGAGGAUUGGGGAGGGGGAGGAGGAGAGGAUAGAAAGGAUUCGAGAAGUUAGGGCUGCUUAA